UUAAAUUUUCUCUACAUACAAAUAUUUCUCACAUAUUCAUAUAAGACAGUGAUAUGAAUAAUAUGAUACACUGUAGAUCAAAAGUCUCCUCUUGCUCCUCUCUUACAUGACAUUGAUGAAAAUCUUUGUCUACUUGGCUAUUGCAGGAGAGCAGAAUAACAGAAGUGAAUACUGCUGUGCAGCUCAGAGGACUAAAUUUUGCUCCUGAAAUGUAAUUUUUACAAAAGGGAAGGUUUCAGUUCCUCUUUUUUUUAUCUUAGAAGCCAUUAUAUUUCCUUUUUAAAAAAGUUUAUUUUCUCAAAACUGCUUAAAAAAAUAAAGAGAAUCAUACUGUGAAGAUUUAUCAAUAUCCAUUAAUUCAAAAAUACCUUUAAUCUGUUGUAUUUUUUAAACACUGCUGAUAGAAGCAUAUCCAGACAUUUUAUUUUUCCUGUUAGUCACCACUUAGCAUCCAGAGAUACUUUUAGGGGUGGUUUCUCUGUCUCCUCAGGCUUUCAAGACUCUGUUUCUUGAGCUUCAAAGUAAUAGAAAGAUUGAUCUGAUUAUGGUUUUGCACUGUUUCAGUGGGUGAUUAUAAGGAUUCAGUAUUCCCCAUGCUUUCAUAAAAACUAUAAACAAGCUUUCAGAUUAAAAUUUCAGAUGCUGUGCAUACUUUGCAUAGAUUUCAACUAUUUUCUUUCAUUUUUCAAGAGAUUUGAUGACACAAGUUUAGAUUUUUUACAGAAUUAUUUAUCAUCCCAUGAUUUUAACACAUAGGCGUAUGAUUUUUAAACAAAUCAUCUUUUAAAUCCCUAGGGACAUCUUCUCAAAGUUCCUUCAGAUGAAGGCAAAGUUCUUAAAUUCUCCAAGUGAGCAGUUCAGGAUUCCUUCAGGCUUCAAAGUUGCAGGCAACUCCACAGAUCUGUGCUAACCCUUAUGUAGUGGAUGCUCCCUAUGGGACAGUAUUUGGCCAUGUGCUUCCCUAAUCCAUGCCACGCAAGGCACAGGUGGGUCUGGGAAGCAGGGAGCAGUAGCUGGGUCUCUGAUGCUGUUUUGCCUUUUCAGACUCCUUUUCCAAGGGUAGGAUAGGCACAGGAGUAAAUUCUGCUGGAAGAUAAUGCUCAGCUUGAUCUUAUUUUGAAAUGAUGAGUUUUACAGAGGGUGAGUGACUCUGCACCUUCAGUAGCACCAGUAGCACCUCCAAAGACUCAAUGAAAAUCAUGCAGAAGAUUGUGGACGUUUAUUGUGAUAUAAAUUGGCACCAGUUCAAUAAACACAAACCUUUUUAAUGUUAUAACAUUUCUUCUGAAAACUUAAACAUAAUAUUCUCAGAAUUUUCUUCCCAAAAAUAAAAAAUUUAGUGUCUCUCUAUCAGAAAUUGUCUUCUUACAUAUCCCUGAGUCACUCUGAAUAGCAUGAGAGAACAAACAGCUUUAGCCCUGAAUGCUUUGGGCCCAGUGCUAUUUAUAGCAACAACAUUAGCAAUACCAGUUAUUUUUAUUGUUAUUAAUGUGACUUACAUGCUACUAUAUCGUGAUCAUGGGAAAUAGUACUGGGAUAUUGAGGAAGUGCAAGCUGCUUUCAAUCAAUGAUUGCCAGCCUCCAAACAGCAAGUUCAGCAUUGCAGACACCCUCCAGGUCACAAGGCUUACUUCCCUGUUUAUUUGGGGCUUGGUAUCCAUUUGUUAGUUGCAUGAUGAUCCCUGUCUUUUACAUUUACAUGACACUUUAGGAGUAAAGAAGUAAAGUUUAUAAGAAGAAACAGCAGGGAAGACGCCAUUGUUUUUGCCACCAUUUUUUUCCCUUCUUCCUGAAUUUCCUGCAGAGAUCCCCGCAAUAGGAAUAUCAUCAGCUGAACAGACUCUUUAGAGAAGCUGCCUUCUAGCAUCCCAGUUCCUUCAGUGUUCAGCAUGAAGGCUGCUUCUAGUAGGGAGAUAUUGAGCCUGGGUACUGACAGAAUCCAAGCUAAGCAGACCAGAUCUCAGGAAAGGUGAAACUCAUUCCAAAGGUGAAGCUUUUCUAUUCACCAAGUAGAAAGGAUUUUUCCCUAUUUCCUGCCUGUGGAUGAAGGAGAUAUAAAGCUCUUGAGAACUCAGGAAACCUAAGAAAACCAGUAACAUGAGAAGACUUUGACUAUAUGGAGAAUAGUCAUGCUAUCCCUGGGAAUUUAUUUUUUUGUUCCAUGAACAGUGAGUGAGAUACAAUGUGUUGGAAGAAGGAAUAAUCUGGUCAGAGGAAGAAUCUGAGACAAAAAGAGCAUUACAUAACAGUUUUCCCUGGUCUGACCAGAGUGACCAGGGGUUUCUGUGAAUCAUUAAACCCGAUUAAUGUACCUUCAGGAAAUUCACUUUCACUUAAUCCAAAAUCAAGCUGGAGAAUUGCUUCUAAUGGUGCAAUAAAUACAUAUCUCCCUUUUAAAAGAGCAUAACCACACAGCUCACAUUUUCUCUCUGCUCCGAGUGUUUGAGCUGUCAAUACAACUUGCACAACCUAGGAUGCCUGACAGAAAGAAGUGGUUUGCCACAGUAAUGCUCUAAGGAAAGUGUACUACUCAUUUCCUAGAUGACCACUGAAGUGAUCCCUUGGAAUGCCAUGGUGCUUUGCUCUGGUGUUCUCAAAAGGAAAUUUAUCAUAUUUUGAGCUGUCAGUCCUGCAAGGUUUACCUGAGCUGGAAGCUUUAAUUUCUUCUUCCAUCUUCAUAUUAAGAUGUCUAUGUUCCUGCCACAAAUUUGUCAGUUUCCAUUAUCUCAUGUGACAGCUAGAAAGGAAUUCAGCCUCAAAUAAUAACUUCAUGACCAAGCCUGUUGCAGAUGAAACUGAAGAUAGCUGAGCUCACCCUCACAUGACAGAUACUCACAUGACAUGUGUGUGUAUGUUGUCCCUUUGGUGUCUGGGGAAAAUUUGCUUUCUCUGCUAACACCUGCAGAUCUUACACUGAGGAAAUCUCCUCAGAUCAGGGUAACAUCCACACAGAUAUUUUCAGCAUAAAUAAUUUUAUAAAGACAGCACCAGUUCAGAGUCCUGCCCUCAGUUAUAUGAAAAACAUUUUCUGAAUGUUGACUCAAACAGGACUUGAAUUUUGGAAGAGCUGUCACUAUGCAUAUCUUUAGCCAUAGUCUUUGUAGCCUCCCACAAGAAAGCUGAAAUAACCAGUAGUGAGGACUACUCUUGAUCUUAUGUGGUGAUGAAAAAUACAUCCUCUUCAACCUAGCUGGAAAUUAUGUGUUCUAUUUACUUGCUAUUGAAUUACCUGUUGGAAUUGCAUACAAAACAUGAACAGUUUACUGAAAGUCUUAAAUCAUUGUCUCAUUAUAAUUUGCCACAUAAAAUAAUACAAACUCCUUCCCUAACUGCAUUAAUUCUUGUGCUAUUAUCACUUAUACUACUUAAACCAAUAUUUUACAAAGAAGUUUUCUAGUUCCUAGAUUGGCAAGCUAUAAAUAAACAUCUUCACUCAACAAUCAGGUAAGAUAAGCUAGAUGGCUACAAGGAUCUAAUCUUCCUGAUACAAACUAUUAUGCAAUAUUGAAAAAAAAACCAAAAAAAACCCCUUUCAUUAGCUUUUAUAUCCUUAGAUUCUUACUCCUGUUGAUGCAUUUAGUCACAUGGAGAACAGGGUGUUUGCCCAAAAAGCAAUGUUGUUUCCAUGAAAAAAAUAUGGGAUUGGAAGGAGUUUUAAGUAUUUCUUUUUUUUUAAAUUGCUUUGCAAAUUCUUUGCACAACAAACCUCGCCAAUAUGUAAACAGGGCUCUAGCUACUGUGUUUGUCCACAGCUAGAGCUACAGAUGAACACAGUGUAGUUGUGUGAUGACAGGAACAGCUGACUCAUUAGUAGAGAGCAGUGAAAGGUAAUUAACCCUGGGAAAAGUACAGCUGCCAUGCGAGCUGUUCCUUUCUGUAGGAUCUGAUUAGAAAUUAGUGUUAAACCACUGAUUCUUUAAAAAAAUGUCAUUGAUAAUUCACUUUCUGUCUCAGGUGUAGCCCCUGAAAGGGGCCUAGGAUAGAACCAGUGUACAAAAGGUCUUCUAUCUAAAAAGGCCUUUUCUGAAAGAAGUGCCCACCUGUUUGGCUGCUUCUGGACUUUUCUUAACCAUGAAUACUGCCCCAGCUUUCAGUGUUUUGAGGACAGCCUCCAAGUACAUGGGCAGUGCAGAGAAUGAGCUGUCAAAAUGAUUUAAGGCUGUUGGUUACCAUAAUGGAGCCCAUAGUGAGGCUGGUUAUUUAAAAGUCACAGCUACAACUUCUUGUGUCAGGACACAGCUCUGAUGCAAAAUGAUCAGACCUCUUCAAAAGAAAGCAAAAAUCUCUCUCCUGAAUAGGUAAGCGCACCAUAUGAAAAUAAAAAGAGAAAAAAAGGAUUAUGCCCUGAGCACAAAAACCACCCCUCAGCCAACCCCUUUUCCUGCAUGCACUUUGGCAUUUGAGGUACCAACUCAAGACACAGAGCCCAUGAUUUCAUCAGACCCCAAACAACAAACCAGACUAUUAUACACAGACACCUGAUUAAGGCCUACUUAUCGAGAAUGAAAUAAUUAUCGCCUAAGAUAACAAAAUAUCGCUUAGUGCUCUUGGAAUUUCUAAACUGCUGUUUAUUAUUUACAGCUGUCACAUGCAAAAGAGUUUUGAUCACCUCACUUUGUCAGACCUUCUGACCUGGAGUGUGUAUUUUUAUACCUGUGUGAUUAACACCGAGUGUGUGUGAGUGCUUUCACAUGCAGGUAGCUUGUACUGUCGAGGUCCACCAGAGUGUCCUGCUUCUUUUCAGUGCAGCCAGGCUUACACUAGGGAAUCUGAGCUUUAAGUGACAAAGUUUGCAAGACAUCUCUCCACAGGAUGAUUUUUUCAUCUUGCUGUAGUCCAGUUUGCUAAAAUAGAAUUAUUACUAUUAUUUUUCCAAUAUAAAAUAGUAUUACAAUUAGUACUGAUACGUAUUAGUACUACAAAUAGUACUGAUAUAUUCUUCUAGAAUUAUUAAUUCAGUACUGUUUAGUAGUACCACAGGUAACUUUCAAUGUGACAGGAGGUUCACAUUGAAACAAACUUUCCUCUUUCAAAUUCUUUUAAACCAAACACAGCGCUUGUUGUGUGCAAUAUUUGAAUUUAAUGUUGCCAAAAACAUGUAAAUAAAUUUUUAUACACAGAAAUAUAUAUGUAUUUAUACUCACACACGCAUAUAUAUUCAUAUUCCCUCAUAAAUAAAUAUGUAUAUACACACACACCUUAUUGACAUUUUCAGAAAUGAGAGCAAAAAUAUUCAAAGGAAAAUAUUAGAUAUUUUCUCUGAGAAUGUUUCUCUAUACAGGAAAACAAACAGAUUUUUAUUAUAAGAGUCUGAUGUGUAAAGAUUACAGUUAUAUUCAGAUUGCCUAAGAUAUUAGGAGAGAAGAGAAAGGAAAUGUGUUUUAAAUUAUUUUGCUGUUUACCACGUUUUUUUAAUUGCCAUCCUCCUCACUGUUGUCCAUUUAUAUUUCUUUUUGUUUGUUUGUUUGUUUGUUUUGGAGGGUUUUUGGUUUUUUCUUUGUUUUUUUAAAAUUGGUUGUUUUUGGUUUUUUGUUUUUUGUUUUUUUGGGUUUUUUUUGUAAAAAAGCCGGCAGUGAAACAGGAAACAUUUCACAUUGAGUUUCAGAGGAAGUUAAAUGAGCUACUGCUGAACUGAUGAAUCCAUGACGAUGAAAAUAAUAUUUGCUACAUUAAAGUGUGUUUAGAAAUGCACAAAAGCACUUUACAGCACUCUAUGUUGUUAUCCUCAUUUAGCUGACAGGAGAAAAGACUUGCUGAGGGGCACAGAACAGAUCAGUGGCAGAGGCAGGAAGAGAAUUCCAGAAUCCCUUUUCCCCAGUUAUUUGCUCAAUCAUGGUGCUUUUUAUUUAUGCCUAUGACAGAAGACAGGUGUCAUUUUGGGAAAUAAUUUUUGUCUCACUUUAGAAUCAUAAAAGGCUCUGAAAAGAGAAUUUGAACCAGCACUCCUGGUGAUGCAGAUCUCUUAUCAUAAGUUUGAAUAAACUGAACAUGUUUUUCCUUGCUCCAUUUACCUGAUGCAAACAUGUGAUGAGCAAAACUUUUUGCAUAAGAAGUCUGUCCCAAGGAACAUAUGACAUGCACAUUUUUGUAUCUGAUGAGUAUUAGUCAAUUUUUGCUUUGAUUUGCAAGGUGCUAUUUUUAUUCUUGGAGGUUUUUUUUCCUGUGCUCUUCAACAUGUUCCUAAGAUCUUCAGGGCAAAGCAGUAGUGUAAGAAAGCCCCCAUUAUCUUUAGCAGUUAGGGUCAUUACAAGUCUUUUAAAUGGUGGCAGACUGUACUUCACAUGGCACUCUCAAAGUUAAUGAACAUAUGUGAUUUGCAUGUUGAGGGAAGGCACACUUCUUCCCUUUGUGUGACUUUCCCUUUCCUGGGACAUGCCUGUCAUGCUUAAUGAAGAGAACUUGUUCAGAAAGGGCAAGAUGAAUGCACAGGAUAGCAGAGUGGUAGUUUUAUAUUUCUUUUAGCGAAAGUAGAUUGCAUUUUUAGGUUUAUUGUUCCUUUUGAUUCCAUGUCAGAAAAUGUCAAGUCAGCUAUUUAGCAAUGGUUUUGUCCAGAAUUAUGAUGUCCUAAUUCCAACUAUUACAAUAUUUCAAAAAAUAUCUGGCUGGAACAGUCAAAAAUCACAGGGAAUGAAUAGAGGAACUUAGAUGAUGCCUGUGUUUGAGAAGUGACCACUUUUACUGAACCUAACCAGCUUCAGAACUUCUACAGAGACCCAGUGCCACCAUAACAGCACCCCAUAAAACCCAUCAAUUCCUAAUCCAUCAAUUCCUAACUAACUGGAAAAAUCAGGUACAGUAGAAAGACUGUAGCAGUGGCAACUAAACAGCAGGUGCGCAUCAAACAUCAGAACCGGACCAGGAUCUUCCUGCCACAGAAGAGGAUGGUAACAGAGUAAUUAAACCCACACAGUUUUGCUGAUCUUGGUUGGGCUGAUCUGUGUGCUCAGGCAUCUCCUGCUGGCCUCAGUCCUGCAACUACUGGGCAGCUCUUCCGUGAGCAGAGCGCGGCCACCUUUUGCUGAAGGCAGCAGCGAUCCCCCCACGCAGCGCCUCACAACAGAGAUGACUCCACAGGGAAAGUCAUCCUGGCUGGAAAAGAGUAAACAUGUUUUAGAAGAAAACAAACCCUGUGUUCCAGAGUCAAUGACGUAUACUCUUUGAACUUUCUUUUAAAAUUACUCUGAAAUCAUAAGGUAGUUAUGGAGUGGUUUUACUCAAAAUAAUGCAUAUCAUUGUAUCACAAGCCUUGAAGUUAAGUGGCUACUUUAAUGAAACAUAGUUGCCAUAGUUACUGUCCGUGAGCGGAGAAAAACUUUUAGUUCUUUUGAAGCUAUGAAUUAGUUUUAGAAGAGGAAAAGGAAUAAACAAGCAUGCAAAAGUUUAUUAUUCAGUGUUUCAUGCCUGAUGAACUCUUAAAAAGGAAAACUCUCCCUAAACUAGGACAUUAACUUUUUCUAGCUGAAAUCGAUAAUUGGCCAUCAACAAACACAAAAUUACUUUUCAACUCGCCACUAUGUCUGUUUUCAAGUUUUCCCCAUUUUUUUUUCCUGAAGAAACAGUUUUUCAAAGUUCUGCUUGCAGAAUUUUGUUAAUAAUUGCCAUUUUACAGCAUCUAAAUUGCUAUAAAAUAAUGUUCUAAAGGCAAUAAUGUAUUGCUUAACACAACUCAUGAAAUCUAUGGUCUAGCUCUAUUAUUCAUUAUAAACACUGUCUUAAAGCUGAUGAGAGGGAAAUGAGAAUUUAUCAUGGUGAAGAUGUCUUCUAGGACCAGCUCCAUUGUUUUUCAGUUUAGCAUUGAGAUGUGCUCUAUCCCUGAAGUGUUAAUGGAGGUCACUGCUGUUGCUCUCCUUUACUGUGUCGAAGCAAAAGAGUUCCCACAUAGUUGACUAUUGAGAAACAAAAUUAUGUUCUUUCCAGUAUAUCACCUUCAGCUUAUGAGCCUCUAGAGUAGUCAUGAUUAACAGGACUUUUACAAAGUUUCUGUGUAGUUACAAGGACAGCUUCAAUCUUCUGUCAUUUUUUUGCAUUAGCUAUGAUUAUGCUUUUACCACCAAAAUGCAUUUAUUCUAAAGGUAACAAUACCGACUCAGAGAAUAGCUUAUGUUUCAUCUAUAUUUAUCAGCACUCACUGUACAUUUGUGUCUUCAUUACCAGGAAAUAUUAAGGGACAUUGUGCCAUCUAUUCCUGUUUACAGUUUAUUAUGCAGAGAUAGGAAACACUUAGCAUGUAAAAUGAAUGUAGAAAUUAUUCCUGGAUAGAAACACGGACAUUUCCCACUCGUUGGCUCUUUCUCCUCCAUCACCGGAUCAGAGUGUAAUUGUCAGUAAUCAGGCCUGCUUGCUGCUGAUAAAACCACUCUGAAUGCUAGCAGCCUUCUUUGUGUGAUGACUCAAUUAUUCCAGAAGUGCCUCAUCAAAUCUGCCCCAUCAGCUGGGCUAAUAAAUAAGGAGAAGAAACUGGCCCCCCAAAGCAAAUUAUAAAUCCAUUUGCAUUAACCAUUUCGCUGGUCCAUGAUCUAGGCAGAAAUAAGCAUGGCAGAUUGCGUUAAGCUUAUUUGAAUAUGUUUAUAAUGUUUACAGCUUGCAACCUUUUUUUUUCACAAGGUGUUGGAAUUAUCGGUCAUGAAUAGCAUCUAAAUGCAGUUAUGUUAAUUACAGCAAAGCCUCCAGUAUCUUUGAGGGAUAGUUUGUUGCUUAAAUCAGGUGAAAGUUAAACUCCCCUGCUCAGUGAAAUAUGAUCUUGGCUUUGGAGUUACUGCUCUGUUUAAAAGAGAAGAUAAGUGAAGUGAAGUUUUUUAGAGGUACUAGAAGGGCAACUGCCUGGGUUACCAGCCUGUCUCACACUGCUAACAUGACCUUCUGUUCAUCUCAGGGUAGAACAAAAUAAGAUAAAGUUUAGCAUUAGAGUCGAGAAAGCAAAUGCAAUUGUUGAAAGAGUAAUAAUCCUGCUUCCUGUGUACUUUGUACUAAAUGAAACAAGGGCAAAGACGAGUACUCUGACCCAAGGAAACUCCUUUCUGAAGCUCAAAUUAUGCACAAAAAAGAAAACGUUUCCAAGUAGAGUCCUGCAGAUUUCUUGCAGGGAGUGCGUAGGUGUUGAAAUUCAGUUACUCAUGAGCUGAACAUUUUACAUGUACUUCAGGAUCUCCCCGAGGCUUGUGCAGAACUUAAUGUGUAAAGUCACAGACUUCAGACUGUGCAGAAUAAAGAUCUGACUGAAGUCCAGAGUUAUCUCUAUUUAUUUGUAAUGGUAUCUUUCUUUCACAUGCUAUUUUCUCAAAGACUAAACACACUGCAUUAUUUUGUCUUGGGAAAGGGAAUUCACUGUCACUUUAGAACCACCAGAAAUGUUCAGGGAUCAUAAUGGUGCUCACCAUUGGAUUUUGUUUCUUAGAUAUUACUUUUAUUCUGAGUUAACAAAUCACAAACUGAAGCCAUUAUUCAUUCCCAGAUUUGCAGUAUAUCAAAUUCCCAACCAGAGAUGUGGUAAAUGAGAGAAAAUCAAAUUAACCUGUUGGAAAUGGAAUGUAUUAUGCUUAAAAAAGCUUUUGGGAUUUUUUCACAAAUAUAGUGCAGCUUUGAGUAUUGAAAUUCUGAUAGAGAAAACAACUUGGCACUUCUGAUGAGAUAAUUUUUGGUUGUACAAUAUGUCUUUUCUAUUUUAAAAUCCCCAGGAGGUCUGGUAAUCUGACCUGAAUGAGUGGACUUUUACCCACAGACGAUGGGUCAAUCAAAAUAGCUGUUUGAAGGGAUUUGUCACCAACAUCUGAUGUAGAGGAUCAGGACCUAAACUGUCAUUCACAUCAGUAUCCUGGUAUGACUCAUGGAUCUCAGUAGGAUGGCACUUCAGAGUCAGUACAAAAUCAUGUAGCACUAGAAAUGGCUAUAAACCAAGGAAUGAAUUGCAAAGGCUCCAGGUGACUUCACUGAACAAUUACACUGACAAAUCAAGCAACUCAUAUAUUCCAUCGUUGUGGGUUUAUAAAGUUUAUUAUUCUAGUUGAAUUGAGAUGAUGGUUAAAAAGGGUGGAAGCUUUCUUUAUAGGCAAGUAGCCUCCGCCUUCUAGAAUAAAAAAUACUGUUCAGACACAGAGACAGUUGAAGUGUAAGCAUAAUUUACUGCCUGUAAAUUGUUUUGAAUUCUUGAUUAAAAAAAGAGAAAUAAGUCAAUGCAAGCUAUGAAAAGAUUGGGCCAAAUGAAGAUACAUGUGGACCCUAGGGGAGUGACCCCACCAAGGAGCCUCGAUUUACAAAUAAAUAAGUUAGCUCUACCUCAUUUCUAUCAACAAUGAUCCUAUCAUCAAAGCCACCAACAACCUGGUUAGAUGUACUUUGUGGGCUCUUGGGUCUGAGCUCUUAUUUUCUCCAGUUGGUAUUGCAGAUUUUUGUACUUGCAAUACCUCAAAAUUUGGCCCAUGAUCAAUUUUAUAACUCAUAAGACUUCCUAAACAGAUUCAGUAUAAGGCCUUGAUAUUCCUGUAAAAUCAGCACCAAGCCUUUUUUUGCUACCUGAACUAUCAGAUCCCAACAUUUAUAUCUGAAAUAUAACUUCUUGGAGUGAGGACAGGGGUGACACACAGUUUGUGUUACAUUAAGGACAUGUCACAUCCCAUGAAACAGCAUAAUCCUGCAGACCCUGUUUAAAGCAUGAGAGAUGCAUGACAUUGUAUUAGAGUUUUUAUGAGACACCCUAUCUUCAAAUGUGGGUACUCACCCACGAAUCAGCUGAAUGGCAGCCAGCACCCUGUAAUGUGAAGGAAAUCAAACCCAGCACAUUUAAACUUACUAACCACCAGCAACUUCUGCUGUGUUUAAACACGGCAGAAGGGUGUAAGGUUUUGUGUUUUGCCACUGUUGCAUGUAGUUCUUCAGCACAAUUUUAAAAUCUGCUCCCCAGACCCAUCCCAGUCCAAACUAAUUUUCUUAUAAGGAGGACUUUCAAUACACUAGCUUAUUAUGUAAAGCUAAAUGUGGAAAGUUUAGUAUGUUUUUCCUUGUCCUUUGUGCACUUUUCCAAGUGGAUCUCAGCUGUGCUGUCUUAACUCUCAGUCCCUUAGGAUGAGAGAGACAGCAGAUGGGGUUAGGGCAGAGGGCUGAUGCUGCUGACAGCAAACGGCCUGGUUGUUGAGUGGAAGCUGUGAGCGUCAGGAAGCUCCUUUUCCCCAGAGAACCAACUAACCACUGAAGAAAGUUGAAAAUGAGCCCUUUGAGAAACGCUAUUAAAAGUAGUAAAAAAUUGCAAUUGUGCAGAUGAUGUGCUGCUGUGUGGUUAUUCGGAUGCUAAUGAGUUUGACAUCAGGGAACUCAAAGGGGCUGCAGCUACUCCCUUAUGUGAUUUAGUUCUUUAUUGGCAAUCUUUGAGAAAAGAAAGGAAAAAUAUAUUGUUAAUAAAUACUUAAGUUACUAGAAUUUUUAGACAAAAAUUUGCUGAAUUUAGGUCUUUAGAAAGCUUUGCUCACCAUUGUAGUUAUUCUCAGAGAUCUUUUGUUUUAGGUUAGUGCGUUUUGAACAAAGAGGAAGAGGAAGGUAGAAGGCUUUGAGAGUUCUUUUGUGGUUUUGGGUUUUAUUAUGAAUGUUGAAAUAGAAUAACAGGAAAAUAGGGCUUUGAGGAAAAACAACAUCUCUUUCUAGUAAGAUGUAGUUUAAAAAAAAGCUUUAAAAAUCCUGUUGGUGUUGGGAUGGUUUGCUCUGGGUUUUCUCCCUUCUUUAUCAUCUUACAUCUGUUGCCUGUUUCAUUAUUUGAUCAAAGAGUACUGAUUAUAAUUAAAAGUACUUCAUGGGAUGAAGCAAGCAUCCUAUCUAUUGGGACACAAGCAGAAAUUAGUCACUCAAGAAAUGCCAGCUUCCCUGAGAAUCUGUUUAGAAUGAGCCUUUGCAAGUUCAGAAAUGUAACAUUCAAAAUUUUGUGGAAAAAGACAUCACCAGAUAUCACUAAGAGAACAGUUAAAGUUCUGAAAGUUUAUUUGCAAACUUUGUCAUAAUUGGAAUAUCUUCAAUGAAUAGAUCUAUUUUACAAAAUACACUGGAUGAUACAUGAAACAGACCUCAGAAGUUGUGACUGAUAGCAAAAUUUUAAUGUUUUGAUCACUAGUGUGAGGAGCAACCUCUAAAUAAAACUUGCCCUGAAUAACUGCUCAUUGUCAGAUUCUUCCAGGUUGCAGGUACCUAGAACUUUAAGCGUUAGGAGGGUUUGGGUAUUCAGUAUUUCUGAAAACAAGGAUCUCGGUGUUGUACACUCAGAUGUAAACUUCUGCAGCUCUGCUUCCUCUGCUGUCACUGUUGAUUUAGCAUAAAGUCCCUCACAGAAAGGAAUAAAAAUUAAGCAUGGAGAAAUGUCAAGGAUUUCCUUAAUUUGGCUUAAACUGAGAACAUUUCAGCCUGCCAAACUUUAAAUUUUAAUAUUUGAAGUAAAAAAAAUAGAAUGGAGGGGUUUUCUUCUGCUUUUAAAAUGUUUCAGAAUGCUUCUCAUUUAUUUUGCAUCAUGAACUGAGCCAUCCCUCUCAGUCAAAGGGGUUCUGAUGCAAUUAAAACAUUUGACUAAGGAUUUCUACAUAUAGAAACGGUAGAGUUUUGUCCACACAAGAUGAAAAAGUUUUUCUUAGAGCAGGUUUAUUUCAUAAGUGAUCAAGAGGGCAUUAAUGAUGUAAAGAAACUACUUUAAGAAAAGAAAAAAAACCAUAUUCAAUAUGCCUUUUAGAAGCACCGUUGAUGCCUCCACACCGUAUCUUUGUAAAACCGCUGAAGGAAAUAUUGCACCUGGAUUAUUUACUCAUUUGAUUUAAAGAGUGUCUUGUUUCACCUAUGUUUUAUUUAGUAUAGCUGGUUUUUUUGUUUUGUUGUUUUUGUUUUUGUUUCUUUGUCUGUUUUUUCCAGAGAAUGAAUUUGAGGAUUAUCUGUUAAAUCAGGCAAGGCAUCUUGGGCUGUGUGACAAAUUCUGUCCUUUGGAAUCUGCACGUAUUUUCACCUGGAAACACGCAAAGAUGGAUGCAGAUGGGGAAAAUAAAAAGCUGCGCACACGCUCCAAAGGAACCAAGGCUCAAGUGGACUCUAUAGCUCAAGAGCUCAGUGCCUACAAAUGCUCCAUGGCUAAGAAGAGAAAAGCUGAAGAUCAGAUAUCAGGCGUUCCCGUCAACAAAAGGAAGUCCCUGUUAAUGAAACCCCGCCACUACAGCCCCAGCUUGGAAUGCAAAGAGGAAAAUGAAGACAGGACAGAGUUACAGGAAGAUAUCAGCGUCCUCGAAAGCAGCUCAACUCCAGAGGAGAGUAAUACAAAAUCAUCUGAAGAAACCCCUCAUUUGGUUGGGCAAGAAAAUUCCAGUCAAAGAAAAGACAACUACUCCAGCUAUCAAGAUGCCGUGGCCAAAUCUUUGAUGAACAUGGGAAAAGUAGCAAAAGAUGCACCCAGUCAAGCAGUGGCAGAAAAUCUAAAUGAUAGUGGCAUUCAAUCAUUAAAAACAGAAAGUGAUGACGCUGAUGAAUGUUACCUGAUUAGCUCAGCUGAAGGAAAGGAAAAGGCUGCUAUCUCUGACCCAAAAUACUGUUCAUCUGAGGAAAAUGAAAGUAACUCUGAAAUUAUGGACAAUGAGUGGGAUAGCUCUUCAAAUUUCUCGGAAGAAACUAGUGUAAAGCCCCAUGUAACCCAGAAAUAUAUUGUAGAGUGUAAUCAACCCAGCAUCCUGGAAGUCCCAGAAAUUAAGAAGGAAGAGGUCGAAUAUGGUCCUUGUGAAACACUCUGUGACUCAGAAACAGAGCUAAGAGCACCCCAGGAGCCUCACUCUGAUCCUUUCGAGAAGAGAAUCCAGAAUCUCUUCCCUGAAAGUGAAGAAGACGACAACGAGUGCCUGUCAGAAACCACAGACGUGUCAGUUGAGCUGGACAAAACAAAAGGGAACUUGAACUUGCUAGAGCAAGCAAUCGCUCUGCAGGCAGAGCAAGGGCAUGUGUUCCACAGCACCUACAAGGAACUGGAUAGGUUUCUUCUGGAGCAUCUAGCAGGGGAAAGGAGACAAACCAAAGUUAUUGACAUUGGUGGGAGACAGAUUUAUAGCAGCAAACAUUCGCCCAGGCCUGAAAAGAGAGAAACCAAAUGCCCCAUCCCAGGAUGUGAUGGCACAGGGCAUGUGACUGGGCUGUACCCUCACCACCGCAGUCUCUCAGGCUGUCCACAUAAAGUUAGAGUGCCACUAGAAAUUCUUGCCAUGCAUGAAAAUGUUUUAAAAUGUCCCACCCCAGGAUGCACUGGAAGAGGACAUGUCAACAGCAAUCGCAACACACACCGAAGCCUUUCUGGAUGUCCAAUUGCUGCAGCUGAAAAGCUGGCAAUGUCCCAGGAAAAGAACCAGCUCGAGUCUCCAAAAGCUGGGCAGUGCCAUGAUCAGACUCACAGGACAAAUUUAGCAAAGCAGCCUGAGCUAUCUCAGUUCAGUUACAGAACUUCACAGCCAGUCACCUCCUCCAGAGGCACCCUGGGGAAAGAACAGGAGAAGUUUGGGAAAGUCCCAUUUGAUUAUGCCAGUUUUGAUGCACAAGUCUUUGGCAAACGCACAACAGCACCUGUGACACAAGGUCGAAAAACACCUCAGUUUCUUGAAUCAAAGCAUUUUUCAAAUCCAGUGAAAUUUUCUAAUCGACUGCCUAGUGCUAGCGCCCACACACAGAGCCCUUGCCAUGCCAACUCUUAUAGCUACGGUCAAUGUAGUGAAGACACCCACAUAGCAGCAGCUGCUGCUAUCCUGAACCUUUCCACCCGCUGCAGGGAAGCAGCAGAGAUCCUCUCCAACAAACCACAGAGUCUGUCUGCCAAGGGAGCUGAGAUAGAAGUGGAUGAAAAUGGCACACUGGAUUUGAGCAUGAAAAAGAAUCGAAGCCAAGACAAAGUUAUGCCUCUCACUUCUUCCAGCACAGCACUUCCCACUCCCUCCUCUUCUCCUUUCAAAGCAAGUAGCAUCCUGGUAAAUGCAGCCUUCUACCAGGCACUUUGUGAACAGGAAGGCUGGGAUACACCAAUCAACUACAGCAAGACCCAUGGCAGGAAAGAGGAAGAAAAAGAGAAAGAUCCAGUGAGCUCUCCAGAAAACAUGGAGGAAAAGAAGUACCCAGGAGAUGUCUCCAUACCCAGUCCUAAACCCAAGCUCCACUCAAGAGAUCUCAAAAAGGAACUCAUCACCUGUCCAACGCCAGGAUGUGAUGGUAGCGGUCAUGUAACAGGAAACUAUGCCUCACACCGCAGUGUUUCUGGGUGCCCAUUAGCUGACAAGACAUUAAAAUCCCUUAUGGCUGCUAACUCUCAGGAGCUCAAGUGCCCAACACCUGGCUGUGACGGCUCUGGCCAUGUGACAGGGAACUAUGCAUCCCACAGAAGCUUGUCUGGCUGCCCUCGUGCCAGGAAAGGAGGUAUCAAAGUCACUCCUACCAAGGAAGAAAAAGAAGACCCUGAACUUAAAUGCCCAGUGAUAGGCUGUGAUGGCCAAGGUCACAUAUCAGGUAAAUACACUUCUCAUCGCACUGCUUCUGGUUGUCCUUUGGCUGCCAAGAGACAGAAGGAGAGUCCUGUCAAUGGGUCUUCGCUAUCCUGGAAACUGAACAAACAGGAGCUGCCACACUGUCCUUUGCCAGGCUGCAACGGGCUGGGUCAUGUUAAUAAUGUUUUUGUCACGCACAGAAGCCUGUCUGGUUGUCCUCUGAAUGCACAAACCAUAAAAAAGGGCAAAAUUUCGGAAGAAUUAAUGACUAUCAAGCUUAAAGCAAGUGGCGGCAUUGAAAGUGAUGAAGAAAUAAGACACUUGGAUGAGGAAAUAAAAGAACUGAAUGAAUCCAAUCUUAAAAUUGAAGCUGACAUGAUGAAACUUCAAACUCAGAUCACAUCUAUGGAGAGCAAUUUGAAAACAAUAGAAGAGGAGAACAAACUCAUAGAGCAGAACAACGAGAGCCUGUUGAAGGAGUUAGCUGGCUUAAGCCAAGCCCUUAUCUCCAGUCUCGCUGACAUUCAGCUGCCACAGAUGGGGCCAAUCAGUGAGCAGAAUUUCGAAGCAUAUGUAAAUACACUCACAGACAUGUACAGCAAUCUGGAACGGGACUAUUCUCCCGAAUGCAAAGCUCUGCUGGAAAGUAUCAAACAGGCAGUGAAGGGCAUCCAUGUGUAGGAUGUGAAAGCUGCUGGGCAACAGAAAUUACUUAACAGCAGUAAACUCCAGAUGGAUCUGUUAGGAGUUCAUGUACUGCUAAGGGACGUAGGUUGCCAUGCUGCAUUUACAAUUGCAACAUUGCACUAAUUUUUUCCCAGCUGACAUAAAAAAAGAAUAAAACCACAACAGACUAUUUGUAUUAACAGCAAUGCACUCUGUUAGUAUAUUGUAUUUAUUUCAGUACAAUUUCUUUUUUUUUCUUCUUUUGCACUCAGUUUUUGUAAAGUGAAUGUAAAAAGUGUGUGCGACUAUUUUUUAUAUUUUUUAUUUAUUUCUAAUCAAAGAGUUGGUUUUUUUAUCUUUUAACAGCAUUUUUGCGGCCUGCCAUAUUUUUACAAAUGUGUUUAUUAAUUUAUUUUCCAAUGGGAUUUUAAAUAGACUGAAAGCUAUACUGUAAAUUAAAUAACUUGCUGGGUUUGUACAGGAAGAAAAAAAAAACCUAUGAAAGUAACAAAUGACUGAACCGUGGUUCUAGUUUUAUUUUCCUCACAUCCUGCUUUUUUAUAAUGGCUUUGUAUCAGAAAUGGGUUUGCAGUAACAUGAGAUGUGAAGAUGCAUGGAAUGAGAAGAUAAAUGGUGCCCACUAGUGGGGAACUUGGGCUCUUAAAAGCACAGUAUGCUGGAAAACAGUGUGUUAAAGAAUAUGUUAGCAAUAAUGAAAUAUAGCAAUCAGCAAAGCACUUGACUUGGCUGUGUGAUUUAGCCUAUGAGAAUGAUUAUUUAAAAUGUUUCAAGAGAACUUCAGAUUUAUUUUACCACUGCAGCUUUUGUUCAGAGUUAGCUCAUGGAGGAAAAUGACAAUUAUUUCUAAACAACAAGGGUAAAUUAGGUAGGUACUGGUACUUUUUUAGUAUGAGACGUUGAGGUUUUAUGCAAGUGACCAGUAUUGCAAUGGAUUUGGAUUGAAAAAACGCAAACACAUCCCAAGCUGAAGGCUUUGUACAUAAUGAGUCGAACACAUCUCCCCUGAAAUGGCAUUUAAUACUGGUUUGAAGGUAAUGGCAGCUGAGAAGGUAGUGGUCUGUCUGGAGGGCAACAACACCCCUCUGGCUCCACGGUGGUCGCUUGUCCCUUUGAAUGACCAGUAGCAACACCGUGACUGGUUUCUCCCAUCCUUCUUCACUAAGACUAGGCUUAUACUGAAUUUGUCACCAGUCUUCUGGUAGGUUCCCAAGUGCUACAGAGCAGACAGACAGGCGGAGGUGUGGACAGACAAGCACUUGCGCAGAGGUAUCCGGUUAGCCUGGGUGUGGAACUUCUGAAUCCGUCAGAAACUAGCGGUUGCUAUAACAGAGGCAAUGUCUAUUUCAGGGAUUGUAAGUAAUUAAGCAUUGUUUCAGAAGUUUUUUUUAUAUUUAUUUUUUUUAAGAAAAAGGUAUAAACAACCAGCUAAACUGCCUUUUUUGUAUGCACACACACCUCAUGUGCAUAUGUGCCUCAGUGUAAAUGUAUACAUGGAUCUAGCGUGUGUUUAAUUUUUCCGUGCUAUAAUGAAAGUGUUUAUUUUUAUUAGCCGCAUUUAUAUUUAGAUUGAAUAUGAUGGCAUUCACAGGCUUGACAUAUACAAUUAUAUUAUUACUGUUCCUGCACAAAAGUACUAUUCAGAAGUGAUUCAACUCUCAUGCACUGUGGUCACUGUUCUGCAUUAGGUGGGGCUUGCUUUUUGUUGGGGGGUUGAUUCAACUCUCCGAUCUUAGUUUAGACAGGGGAAAAUGUGUGUUCUUAGGAGCUGUGUUUAUUUUUAAAUUGAUUUUUCAAAAGCUACCAUAUGUGCUGUCUCACAUAAAUAGGAGAACACCAAACAAAAAUUUGCUAUUAAAGUUAUUGUUCUUGCUAAAAACUCAAAAAGCAAACAUUUGUUAUACUUGUUAAAUGCAUACAAAAUAAUUUCACUCAUUACAAAGACUAAAGUUUAAUUUACUAAAUAUUUAACAAAUUUGUUAUAUAUUUUAUUUAAGUAAAAAAAUUCUCUUACUGACCUAUGUAUUUAUUAUUAUGAUUUACUAUGGCUUCAGGUUAAUUUAUCUGUGUUUGGUUGUUUGCUCAGGAUGUUCUGUGAAGUAUGUUUGUAUUUAUUUGCCUCCCUCGUACUUGAUGUGUUUUGUAAUGUGCACUGGUUUUUUUUUCUUUCUGUUUUUCUUUCCUUUUUUUUUUGUGUUUAAACGCAUUGAUGAGCUAUACUGUAAAUUAGACCUUUUGUAAAGAGCAAUGAUGUAUGCAUUUUUUAAUUUGGAGUAGUUUGUAUACUGUUUCUUCAUACAAUUAAUAUUUCUUACAUCAAAACAACAAAAUUGUGUUCUGUGCUGUACAUUUGGUGUAUGGUAGGAAAUAAAAUUGAUAAUGAAA